AUGACUGCUGAUAAUUGGCUGUUGGAUGUGAAAUUACGUGUGACCGGUCGAGGUCGUGUUGGUGCUGAUGGAAUGGCGAUUUGGUUCACUGAAAAGCAGGGUGUUGAAGGUCCGGUGUUUGGUGCGAAUGAUCAUUGGAAUGGUCUAGGUGUUUUUCUAGAUUCAUUCGAUAACGAUGCUCUAACCCCUCAAUUCCAAAAUAAUCCAAUCAUAGCUGUAAUGGUCAACGACGGAACGAAAUCGUACGAUCAUCAACAUGAUGGUAGUGGUCAAAUUCAAGGAAGUUGUAUUCGAGAUUUUCGAAAUAAACCAUUACCCAUCCGACUUAAGAUCGAAUAUAUCAACAAAGGAUUAACAAUUUAUUUGAAUAAUGGCAUCUCACAAGAUGAUAAUGCUUUUGAAUUCUGUACACGUAUUGAUGGAAUUCAAUUACCAAAAACUGGUUAUCUCGGUGUUUCAGCGGCGACCGGUGGUCUUGCUGAUGAUCACGAUGUUUUGGAAUUACUAACACAUACAUACUGGGAUAAGCAAGUCAUGGCUGAAAACCAAGGAGCAACUGAUGAACAGGCAAAAAAAUAUCAAGAAGAAUAUGAAAAAUACGAACAGGAACUUAAAAAACAACAGGCAGAGUAUCAAAAAGAUCAUCCUGAUCAAACAACACCAAUCAAUGAGCAGGCAAUAUACGAAAGUGAAUACGAUCGGGAAUUUCGAACGAUUUUGGAAGGUCAAGAUCAAAUUCGUCUUUCUUUGGGCGCAAUUGAUCGAAAAAUGGCUGAGUUGUUAGGACGCGUCGAACGACUUGCUUUAACUUCCAAUCAACAACAAAUAAGUGGACAAGCUCAAGGUGCAUCAGCUAUCCCAACCGACAUUGCACGUAUUCAAGAUAUCAAUCGUGUUAUUAAUUCAAAUAGCGACAUGACGCGAACUAUUCAAAGUUUCGCACAAGUUUUAACUGAUAUGCAACAGAAGGUGAAUAAUCUUCAAUCGAACAUCAAUAUUCAACGACCGAUGGGUGGAGCACAACAAAUAGCUAAUUCGAAUGUCGAUAAUACAGUUUUAAACGAAGUUCGGGAAACAGUUCGAAUGAUAAAAUCAGAAACGAACACUUUAAUACAAAAAUCAUCCCAAGAAAUCAAAUGUUCACCAUCGACAACCAAAACUGAUAGUUCCUGCGUCGGUUCAUUUACCUUCUUUCUCGCGAUUAUCGUACAACUUGGUAUCAUCAUUGGUUACUUAACAUUCAAAACUCGUCAAGAACAGAUUUCCCGAAAAUAUCUAUGA